CUGGACUUCGGUACUCUAUGCUUUCAAAAAGUUUCUCAAGUUAAUAUUUUUUCCUCACUUCUUUCUCCAGAAGUUCAUCUUCUUCUCGCAUAGCUGAGCCUCUCCAUCCGGUGUCCUCUCUCCUGUGAACUCACGACCUUCUAUCCUGCCGGACCCCUGCCACCUACCGCCACCAUUCAAUACCCACAGUAUGCAAGAUGACCCGGGUACAGAAGACGACGAAAGAACCAUCGAACUCUCCUCCAUUGCAGCCAUCUAUCCAGAACUGGUCGUCGAUGCCCAAGAUCCAUACACAGCGACCCUCGAACUAUCGGUGACACCCAUCAAACCUUUGCGAAUCGUCUUUGCGCCGGCAGCAGAUGGUGCGCCACCCGCACCUCUCACGCCACCAACAUCUACCGAACAAGAUGAGGAUGACCUAGUGGACAAGCCACAGUUGGAAGGGCUUACUCAGCUCGAUACUCAUGAAUUGUCUCAUCUUCCGCCCGUCUCUCUUCGAAUCACCUUACCUGAGGGAUAUCCUACCACCAAACCUCCAGUCAUAUCAGUCUCCGUGACGCCUCCUUGGCUGCCGCCUUCUGUCCUCAACAAGUUGAAGGAAGAUAGCGCCGCCCUCUGGGAGGAACUGGGAAAAGACCAGGUAGUCUACACAUACAUAGACCAUGUCCAGCAAGAGGCGGAGAAUGCUUUUGGUCUGGCGGGAAACCCCAAUGUUCAGUUGCCCGGCGACUUGAAAUUGGCCCUGCUCGAUUUUGACCUGAAGACAAAGAGGGAAAUCUUCGAGAAGGAGACCUUUGAUUGCGGCAUCUGCCUCGAGCCGAAAAAGGGCAUCAACUGCCAUCGACUCUUACUGUGCGGCCACGUGUUUUGUGUUACUUGUCUACAGGACUUUUACAAGAGCUGCAUUACGGAAGGGGAUGUUGACAACGUCAAAUGUUUAUCGCCGAACUGCGGGAAGGAACAAGCUGCAGAAACUGGACCGAACGGUCGGCCAUUGAAGAGACGGAAACAAGAUCGAACGCUCAAUCCGAGCGAACUUCUCCAGGUUCCCAUCGAACAAGAGCUGGUACAGAGAUAUGUGCGCUUGAAGAGGAAGAAGAGGCUCGAGGCCGACAAGAACACCAUCUACUGUCCACGUCAAUGGUGUCAAGGAGCCGCGCGAUCCAAGAAACACCCGAAACCUGACAACCCUAUGGGCGACGUCAUCGAAGAGAGUUCCGAGUCGGAUGAGGAGGAAGAAUCGCAAUUGCAACAGCCAAAAAAGAAGAAAUCUGUCGACCCAGAGUCUCUACCCAUGUCGGAACGUCUAGCCGUCUGUGAGGACUGUGAUUUUGCCUUCUGUUGUGUCUGUCGUAAAGGAUGGCACGGCGAACUAGCCCGAUGCAGUCCGCGGCGACAGCAGGAACUUAACGAAGAAGAAGCUGCUUCUCUAGCCUACCUGCAGAGAUACUCUACCGGGUGCCCGACCUGCAAUGCUCCAUGCCAAAAGACCAUGGGCUGCAACCACAUGAUUUGCUUCAAGUGCAAAACCCAUUUCUGCUACCUGUGUUCAUCGUACCUCAUGCCGGACAACCCAUACAGUCAUUUCAACGAUCCCAAAGGUCAAUGUUACAUGCGGCUGUGGGUUCUUGAGGCGGGCGACGGGGAAAAUGUGGACUUUGAUCGACCUCGUGAAAUCGAGAUUCCUCCAGACUCGGACGACGACGAUGGACAUUUAUCGGAUGCUGAUUUGGACUCGGAUGAUGAAGAAGACCACCUUUUUGCACAGAUUCAGCCUGUCAUCCUUCGCGAGGCCGAUGACGAGGACGACGACACAGAAGACGAAGAGCCUGCUCCAGACCAGCGGCGAAACAGAGACGGGAAUGGAAAUGGAAACAGAAACAUGCAUAUUGAAAUCGUCAACUUUGCCGCCCGACCCGGCGAUGCCGGUCAGAAUCCUCGUCGCAUAGCCCUUCCUGAGCGGCCUCGAGUUCCGGUUGUCGAACCUGCGCCUGCGCCGAAUCCACCUCGGCAGGGGCAAGGUCCAGGUCGCCGAGGAGGCGGCGGCGGCGGCGGCGGCCAACAAGGCAAUCGGCAACGCGCCAUGAAUAACGAACCUGCACGAGCUAUGCGAGGAGGAGGCGGAGGCGGACCUCAGCAGCGCAACAAUAAUGCUCCUCCGCAGCAGCGUCAGGCUCAGCCUCGACCUCAGGUUUACGCACGCCAUCCAGCAGCACCUGAUAAUGUCGCCCGGCGUGGUGGUCGUGUAGGUGCUGCUGCCGUGCUGCCACAAGUGAAUGGAAACGGCAAUCACAUUCAUAACGGCAGAGGAGCACCGGCACCUCGAGGCCCUCAACCUCGACCAGUCGCUGCUGCACCACGUCAAGGUCAAGGCAAUCAUAACAAUCGCCAGGCCCGGGCCCAGGGCGCGCAGCCCGCGCAGCCAGCGGCAGCAGCUAAUCAAGCAGAAGCACGACGGGUAGUCGGCCUAGAGAGAUUUCUACAGCUCGCCAUGGCGGACCAGGAAGACGAAUGGGACAGUGAUGAAUUGGACGAAGACGACAAUCUGGAUCUAGUCCUCAUCCACGAAGAGAUGCGACGACAACAACGACAACGUAGAGGUCCAUUGGCCGGCUAGUGAAUGGGUUGGCUAUUCUGUUUCGCUUCGUUUAGAAUUUUUUUUUUUUUACGGAAAGGGAAUUCACUUGAUCCCCCCUUAAUGAGAAGCCAAAGCCAUAGGCGAGACUAGACGAGACGGGCUUUGCAAAGCUUCUGUAGGAAAUGAUGUACAUGAAUGAGUAUCACGAUUCAGCUGUGAGAUAAUGAAAGAGCAAGAGAUUCAGAAUAAUAAACAGCAUGAAUACCAAGGUAGACAGAGAUGUCUUGAUUAAAUCG